CCAGUCUAUGUCUUCCACGAACAUGUGAGCCUUGUUUUCAUUUAUUAUUACGAAACCCCAAUGAAGUGACAAUAUAUAGGAAGAAGCAUCUUGUAAAUAACUAGGAAAUUUCUGUUCUGGUAGUAGGUUAAGAUUAUAUGUGUCUCGCUGAUACCAACAACCAUACCAAGCCAAGGAUUUCAUGGUCCUUUGGAGAGAGUGAAAAGGAGUACCAGGAAAGAAGAAAGGCCCAAACGAACUUCGAAUCAGAUGGAGGAGCAGAAGAGUAGAAGGGUUCGAUUGGUGCUAUUCCCAUGCCCAUUGCAGGGCCACAUAAACCCCAUGCUUCAACUAGCCUCUAUUCUCUACUCUAAGGGCUUCUCCAUCACAAUCAUCCACCCUAGAUUCAUCUCUCCCAACUCCUAUAAUUACCCUCACUUCACCUUUAUUCCCAUACACGACGGCAUUUCGGGUAUCCAAGCCUCGAUUUCAGAUGUCUUACCCCUUCUCUCACUACUCAACGUCAACUGUGCAGUUCCACUUCAGGAUUGCUUGGUUCGAUUGUUGUCUGAUACCAAUUCUGCAGGAGGAGGAGAAGAAGAAGAGCCCAUUGCUUGUCUCAUCUCCGAUGCUAUCAUGCACUUUACCCAAGGUGUCGCCGACAGUCUUAAGCUUCCGAGGCUUGCGUUACGGACCAGCAGCAUCGAAUCCUUUCUUGCCUUCGCUGCCUUCCCAGUUUUAAGGCAGAAAGGUUACCUUCCUAUAUCAGAUUCUCAAUUGGAGACGCCAGUUAAGGAGCUUCCACCUCUCAGAAUGAAAGAUCUGCCUGUGUUCAACGGGCAUGACCAAGAGACCCUAAUGGGCCUAAACCAAUUACUGAUCAGCAUGGUAGAUCAAGUCAAGGCCUCAUCAGGCCUCAUUUUGAACACCUUCGAUUACCUUGAACAAUCGUCACUGGCAGCACUUGCUCAAGAAUUUCCAAUCCCGGUGUUCACAAUAGGCCCUUUUCAUAAACUCUUCCCAGCUUCUUCCAGUAGCUUAUUGUCCCAAGACCACAGCUGCAUUGCUUGGCUAGAUACACAGGCACCUAGGUCUGUAAUCUACAUCAGCUUCGGCAGCAUAGCCAGUAUGGAUGAGUCUGAAUUUGUGGAGAUGGCUUGGGGCUUAGCCAAAAGCAAGUGCCCCUUCUUGUGGGUGGUUCGAUCCGGCUUGGUCCAAGACUCAGAACAAGCUGAACCAGUGUGGCCUGAUGGGUUCCUAGAAAUGAUUAGUGGAAAGGGUUGUAUUGUCAAAUGGGCCCCACAACAGGAUGUGUUGGCUCAUCCUGCGGUGGGGGGGUUUUGGUCCCAUAACGGUUGGAACUCGACCCUGGAGAGUAUAUGUGAGGGAGUGCCAAUGCUGUGUCGGCCUAAUUUUGGAGACCAAAUGGUGAACGCGAGGUACGUGAGCCAUGUUUGGAAGGUGGGUUUGCAUCUGGAGAAUAGGUUGGAGAGAGGAGAAAUUGAGAGAAACAUAAGAAGACUAAUGGUUGAGAAAGAAGGGGAGGAGAUGAGAGAGAGGGUUAUGGCUUUGAAGGAGAAGGCAGAAGUUUGCGUCAGGAAAGGAGGUUGCUCCAAUAAGCAUCUAGGGGAUUUGAUAGCUCAGAUUAGGGGUGUAAGUUUGCAAACCCGCCUUGAGUACAAAUAGGUUCUGGUUUAAGAUUUCUGAUGCUGAGGGUGGGCUAGACUUGGAAAACACUGACCUUGGGUCAGGGUUGGUGGGCUGAGAUUCAGUUGAUGCCUAGGCCCAGCCCAACCCAGCUUUGAUUAUGCUUGUGAUCAUGUAGUGUCCUAAACAUCUACUUUUGCAUUGCACUUUAUAAUUUUAAUUAUGUAUUGAUCACUUUAUCUAUUGUUGUUUCUUUUUUUAA